CCCGGCGCCGGGGGCGCGAGUCCGCUGGUCGCCUCUGGGUCAAAGAACGUUCCCGCCUGUUAGUCUUGGGCAGCCGCGAGGGGAGUCCGGGCGGAGCGUUGCGGGGAGCCGAGGGGCCCUGUUCUGCAGCGGACGGAAAUGGAAGGAGCGUUGGAGGCCGGCGUGGAGGAAGCGGGGCGUGGAGGCGGGCACGCCUGCCGGGCGGCCGGCGACGCUUCAGCGCCGCGUGCCUCGGGCGUGGCCGCGCCCCAGCGCGCUCGAGGGCGCAGCCUCCGGGCCUGCUGCACCUCGGGUCCUCGCGCCGCGCUCGCCCUGUGGGCCGCCGCCGGCCUCUCGCCUUCCCCUCUGCCGUCGUGCGUCGCGAACGGUGCGGUGAAAGGGAGCCGGGCAGGGACUUCCGCAAGGUCAGUUCCAGCCCAGCCCGGAUCUCUUGCCCACGAGGAGCGGGGCAGAUGGGCCCCUCAGUGGGCGGGAGCUGGCCGCGUGACUUACUUUAGUGAAGUCCCGGAUGUCCUUUGCCCAGAAGCUACACAUCCUCCUCGUGGAGCCGCGAGCUCUUCUGCCGUGAGCCCGCAGCUCCGGGUUUUAGGAGGGAGCGAGAGGAAGACGGCGACGGCGACGGCGACGGCGAAGGCCGCGAUGGAUGCGGACACCGGAGCUCCGUGCUUAGCUCCAGGCCCCCGAGCGCUGUGCGGCAGAAGGCAGGAGUUUCCGCCCCUCAGAAGUUGUGACAGUCCCAAGUUCCACAAAACUUGGAUCUGAGCCUGCUCCUGUUUUAAAUAAGGCAUGCAGAGCCGUGAGUCCACCGCCGUGAAAGUUAACUGGGGUUCAGGAAGAGACCAUGACAACUCUCUUACCGCUGUCUUUGAUCAAAGAAGAGAAUCAGACUUUACCAGCACUGUACAGAGUGACCCCCUCACCCAUCUUGCUCCCCCUCCCCUUCGUACAUCUGACAGGCACAGACCAUGGUGAAAAGACCUGAGUGCCCCCAGUGAAGCCUGGGGGUAGAGGUACUCACCGGCUGUUUUCUUUUCUUUCGGCAUUUGGUAAAUGUGUGUCAUUUACAUGUGAGAAGUAUAUUCAGUCUUACCACUUACACUCAAAACAAGUUGGAGUGAGAGCAAAAAUGUGUGCUUUUAAAAUUAAGAUAAAAUACGGUGAAAGUAUUGCUCAUUUUUAUCACACCCUUUAAAAUGUGUAUGUUUGUACUAAA